GCCAGGCCUCGACUGCGAGGCCCGGCGCUGCCGCGGUCCCGGGUCUGGAGUGGGAGCCGCAGGUGCAGGAGAGCGAGCGGCAAGGGGCGCCUUUCUACUGCACUUGUUUUUUGCAGUCAGGUGAUUGCCUAGCUGCAAUCUAGAGAGGUUUGCAUUAGCUCCGAGUCUGUCUGACAAGUGAGGAAACGAGGCCAAGAAGUGGGGGAGCAUUGCGGUCGGCUGGGCCACGCCACCUGCUAAGGGAGGCCGAGGACCAAAGCCUCGGGGGUCUGCGCGCCCAGGCCCGCUCGACUCGGUGGGCCUGGGGAGCAAGGGCCCUGCUCGGUUCCCUCGAGGCUGCAGAAGGCUCUCUGGGGGGAGGAGCUCAGGACGCAGAGGAGGAGCCAAGCCCGCCCCGGGAGCGGGGACCCAGUCCUCUGGGAUAAGAAGCAGAGCCCAGGAGGAACCCCGUCAGCCAGGCGGGCAGAAAGCUCCGGGAGCGGCCUCAUGGAAGACAAGCAGAUCCUGUGCGUGGGGCUAGUGGUGCUGGACAUCAUCAGUGUGGUGGACAAGUACCCGGAGGAGGACACGGACAGCAGGUGCUUGUCCCAGAGAUGGCAGCGAGGAGGCAAUGCAUCCAACUCCUGCACCGUCCUCUCCCUGCUCGGAGCCCCCUGCGCCUUCAUGGGCUCGCUGGCCCCCGGCCACAUUGCCGAUUUUGUCCUGGAUGACCUCCGCCGCUAUUCUGUGGACCUACGCUACACAGUCUUUCAGACCACGGGCUCUGUCCCCAUCUCCACGGUCAUCAUCAACGAGGCCAGUGGUAGCCGCACCAUCCUCCAUGCCUACAGCUUCCUGGUGGCUGACUUCAGGCAGCGGGGCGUGGAUGUGUCUCAGGUGGCCUGGCAGAGCAGAGGGGAAACCCCGUGCUCUUGCUGCAUCGUCAACAACUCCAAUGGCUCCCGCACCAUUGUGCUCUACGACACGAACCUGCCUGAUGUAUCUGCUGCAGACUUCGAUAAGGUUGAUCUGACCCGGUUCAAGUGGAUCCACAUUGAGGGCCGGAAUGCAUCGGAGCAGGUGAAGAUGCUGCAGCGGAUAGACCGGCACAAUGCCAGGCAGCCUCCAGGUCAAAAGAUCCGAGUGUCCGUGGAAGUGGAGAAGCCCCGAGAGGAGCUGUUCCAGCUGUUUGGCUAUGGAGACGUGGUGUUUGUCAGCAAAGAUGUGGCCAGGCACUGGGGGUUCCAGUCAGCGGUGGAGGCCCUGAGGGGCUUGUAUGGUCACGUGAGGAAAGGGGCUACGCUGGUUUGCGCCUGGGCAGAGGAGGGCGCUGACGCCCUGGGCCCCGAUGAACAGCUGCUGCACUCGGAUGCUUUCCCUCCGCCCCGGGUGGUGGAUACGCUGGGAGCCGGAGACACCUUCAACGCCUCUGUCAUAUUCAGCCUGGCGCAGGGGAAGACUAUGCAGGAGGCCCUGAGUUUUGGCUGCCAGGUGGCCGGCAAGAAGUGUGGCCUGCAGGGCUUUGAUGGCAUCGUGUGAACGGCCGGUGGCGGCGGGCACUGGCUUACCCCACCCACCUCCUUGGAAGCCGGCAUCACCGGCACCAUUGCCUUCGUCCCUCCAUCCAGCCUGGCAUCUGGGCUGCCCUGCUCCCUGGGCAGAUGCAGGCCGUGGGAGGGUUCCACCUGUGUCUGCUGUCCCGCUCAUGCUGCUGAGCCACAGAGGAAAUAAAUCUGCCCCUGAGCCACCUUC